AUGUCUAUCUGUAAAAAAGAAUGUGUUAAUAUUGAUGAAGUAUACCAAUUGGACCUCAAUAUGCAGAACAAGAAGAAAGAACUACUUAGAAUGUUGGAUGAAUAUGAGCUGGAGCAGUGCAUUGUGUGCUACCGGCUCAGAUGUUCCUGCCAUUCAAAAUACCAGCCGAUCCAACAUAUAAGGCCCACUAUAGAGGACCACCAGGCCUGGGUAAUGGCCAGUACUCGUAAAGAAGAAGCCGCCAAAGAAAAGAAGGUUCUGCAAGUGAAGCAGAACCUUGUCAAUAGCAACAGCUGUAGUGAAGCGGCUAUAGAUGCCUUUUUUAAAGCGUUCAAAAUGUCUUCCAAUACAUCUGUGACGUACCUGUCAAUUAAACUCGCUGAGGCAUACUCACAAAUUAAAAAAAAGCAAGAAUAUCGUUACUUCUAA